UUGCAACACUGACUUUUUGCGGUAAAAUGAAAAAUAUGUCAAAGUGUGCACAUCAAAAAGUUACAAUACAAAUCCGAAUAUUAUUAAAACGAUUUUAUUUAAAUAAUUGAAGCAAUGACGUCGAAAAAGACCUCGGCCAGUCCAGAGUCAGGCGAGGCUCCAGAAGAGUACGUCGUGGAAAAGAUCAUAGACUGUAGAAUUAAGAACGGAGUAAAAGAAUACUUACUCAAGUGGAUAGGUUAUGACGACAAGGACAAUACUUGGGAACCAGAAAGCAAUUUAGACUGUCCCAGCUUGAUUAAGACAUUUGAAGCUGAUAGAGCUGUGAAAGAAGCUGAGAAGAACAAAAAGCGAAAAACAUCUGGUACGCUUAUCUCCGAUACAAAACUGAGCAAAAAGAAUAAAAGUGACGAUAAAAAGCUUCAUGGAUUUGAUAGAGGUUUGCAACCGGAGAAAAUAAUUGGAGCCACAAACAGUUCAGGUCCGUUAUUGUUCCUAAUGAAAUGGGUAGGAACGGAUGAAGCAGAUUUAGUUCCUGCUACGCAAGCCAAUGUAAAAUGUCCACAAGUUGUGAUAAAAUUUUACGAAGAAAGACUGUCUUGGACUUCACCAAAUGCAGUUACCGAUAUAGCAGAUAAAUAGCUACCUUUAAAUUAAGGACAAUUAUUGCAAUAUAGUAAUACAUGAUCAGCGCUUAAUUUAUUAAUGAAAUUUGCUGAUUUCGAUAAUAGCCAUGACUAAAGUGUUCACAUACAGAAACAUUAAAUGCUCGAAUUGUCUUGAAAUAAUAUUGUUAUUAAUAUUUCACUGAGCAUAUUUGCAGGAAACAUAGAAUUACUUAAUUUGUAUUUAAUAAUGAUCUUCAAACAAUGCAAACAUAUUUAAUUUUAUUAACGACGGAACAAUUUUCAAAGUGAGGAAUCUCAAAAUAGAUUAGUAUUUGUAUUCCAAUAAAUAAUUACUUUUAUAGUA